UCUUGAGCCAAGUUUGCCCAUACAAUUACCUCACAGUGUCGACAUGGUUUGCCAGGAAGAGUUGUUGAUUGAAAAAGUAUGCAAACUCUAUGAACAAAUCUCAAGCCUUGAGAGUCUCAAACCCUGCAAAAAUGUCGACAUGCUUUUCACCCAACUUGUCCUCACAUGCAUACCACCUAGUCCUAUUGAUGUCACCAAACUCCCCAAUACUGUGCAAGAGAUUAGAUCCCAUCUUAUAAGGCUCUCUGGUGAAGCUGAAGGCCAUUUGGAGACCCAUUACUCAACCAUCUUAGGCUCAUACCACAAACCACUUGAUCAUCUCCAUAUUUUCCCCUACUAUUCCAACUACCUCAAACUUGCUCUCCUUGAGUUCACUAUCCUUAACCAACACUGCACCAAUGUCCCUAACAAAAUUGCCUUUGUGGGUUCAGGACCCCUUCCCCUUACUUCAAUUGUCUUGGCAUCAAAUCACUUACCUUCCACCACUUUUCACAACUAUGACAUCGACCCUUUAGCCAAUUCCAAUGCUCUGAGCUUGGUUUCCUCUGACCCUGACUUGUCAAAGCGUAUGCUUUUCCACACCAAUGACAUAUUGGAUGUGUCAAACCCUUUGAAAGACUAUGAAGUUGUUUACUUGGCAGCACUUGUGGGUAUGGACAAGGAGGGAAAGAAUCGAAUCAUUGAUCACUUGGCUAAGUACAUGGCCCCGGGAGCACUUUUGAUGCUAAGGAGUGCUCAUGGGGCUCGUGCUUUUCUCUACCCAGUUGUUGAACCUUGCGAUCUUCAAGGCUUUGAGGUUCUCUCUGUGUUCCACCCCACAGAUGAGGUUAUCAAUUCAGUUGUCAUAGCACGUAAAUGUCCUAUGCCUAAACACUCACUUGAUCACCAAGGCCUCGGUUCAAUGAUCCUACCAAACAAGUGUUCUGAGAUCCAAGUCUUCAACCACGGGAAUAUGAUUGAGGAAUUGACCCUUGAGGAGCAACUCUCCUAAACUCUCUGAUUUCCUUUAUCGAUCUACUCUCUGUCUGCUCUUGUUUUAGAUGGAGAUUCGGUCAUGUGGUAGCAACUUAGUUAAUUAAUAUUUCCAUUUAUGUAUUUGACUGUUUUGUGUCUUAUCGAGCAAAACAUAUGUGAUUUUCAUAAUGAUGUUUUUAAAUUUUCAAUAAAUAUAAGAGAUUAUGUGUUUUAGAUCGAGUCUCUCCCUCAAGCUAGCAAGCCAUAACGGCAUGCAUGUUAGCAUAGCAUGUUUACGUUUUCCUGUACUUUUUUUUUUUUUUUUCUCAUCUUUAUUGUUCUUAUUAUGAAAAACACAUGUGUCUUUCAUAAUGAUGUUUUAAAAUUGUCAAUAAA